GCCUCUCCGGUGCAGACGGGGUUGUCUGCGCGUGCGCAUCAGGCGCUCCCGCUCAGGCACCGCCGCGGACGCCCCGGGGUCCUCGCGCACCGGAAGUCCUCGCGCUCGGCCUUUUCCGUCUGGGCAGGAGACAGGCGGCUGCGAGCGGCCAGCGUGCUCCGAUCGGUCGGAGCUAACCGCUGCCAGGCGGGCUGCCGCGGCCCGGCACACGCCGCAGUCGAGCGAAGAUGGUGGGCCGGAACAGCGCCAUCGCCGCGGGCGUGUGCGGUGCCCUCUUCAUCGGGUACUGCAUCUACUUCGACCGCAAAAGGCGGAGUGACCCCAACUUCAAGAACAGGCUUCGAGAACGAAGAAAGAAACAGAAGCUUGCUAAGGAGAGAGCCGGGCUUUCCAAGUUACCUGAUUUAAAAGAUGCUGAAGCUGUUCAGAAGUUCUUCCUUGAAGAGAUACAGCUUGGUGAAGAGUUAUUAGCACAAGGUGACUAUGAGAAAGGUGUGGACCACCUGACAAAUGCCAUUGCUGUGUGUGGACAGCCUCAGCAGCUGCUGCAAGUGUUACAGCAGACUCUUCCACCACCAGUGUUCCAGAUGCUUCUGACCAAGCUUCCAACCAUUAGUCAGAGAAUUGUAAGUGCUCAGAGCUUGGCUGAAGAUGAUGUGGAGUGAGCCAGAUACCAGCAUGGUGAAAUCUCAGUAAAAUAAUGUAACAGUUAGCUUGGUCGCUGAUCAGCUCUGGGGGAAUCAGGGCAGAUUGUGCUUGUCAUGAACUGUCCCACACUGACAUCUGCCAAAGCGGGUGUGAACUUUGGUAGAUCCAUUGUCUGUUCUAUUUAUUUUUCCAGUGAAAAGUAUUUUGAUAGAGCUUUUCAUUUUAUAAAUACACUGAGUUAACCAAAAUAUCAUGGAUUUCGUUUGUUCUUAAGACAUGCAAUUCAAAUGUAAAUACAGUAGAGCAUUACUUAGGUAGAAACUCCUGAUGAUUUUAAAAGAAUGGAAAGGAAUAUGAAGAAUAGUUAAAUAAUGCACAUUUUAAAGACUAGAACAUCUUACUGUAUGUUGUAAAACUGGGUAGAAACUUGUAUUUGUGAAAACUGAGCAUUAAAACCUUACAGAGACCGUUUCUUGUUUA